AUGGCGGCGGAGUCGGGGGAGCACCUCAAGGGGUUGGGGGGAGCAUCCGGAGCCCCAAACAUAUCAGGAAACCGUAGCGGGGGAAGAAAGCGAGGUUUGGCGGAGGUCAAUGGACGAGGAAAUGCGGUCCUUGUUGGAGAACGGGACGUGGAAAUUGUCGAAAAACCGGAAGAAGUGAAGCCGGUUCCCAUGAAGUGGGUUUACAAGAUUAAGCCGGAUUCGUUUGGGAAGUGGAGCAAUAUAAGUCUGGCGUGGUGGCCAAAGGCAGCCGCAGGGGUACGAGCAAGGCGGACCCGGGAUGGUUUGCCGCCUCAAGCGCACCUUGUACGGAUCGCAUUAGGCUCCGCUGCGCGGCACACGCGUCUCAAGGAGGAGCUCGGGAACUUCGAGUUCGUGGCGUCCUUUGCAGUUGCGGCGCUCUUUUUGGCAGUGGUGAAUGGGGUGCGUGUUUACCUUAUCAUGUGGAUUGACGACAUCCUCAUCGGGGCCCAAUGCAGGGAGCGGAUCGCGAGAGUGAAGGCGCCCUUGGCGGAGAAGUUCGACGGGCGGGACUUCUGGGAGGCGACGUACUUCUUUGGGAUGGACCUGUCGCGCGAUGCAAAGGCGCGCAUUAUAAAGCUGACGCAGAAGAAGCUGACGGGGGACCUACUCGCACGGCACGGAUUGGCAGGCGCGCGGGUGCGCUCGGUCCUUCUUGCCACCGGGAAAAGCUUGACGAAGGAGGGGGCGCCGCUUGACAUGGCGAAGUUCCCCGUAGCGAGCUUCUUUAGCGUUUGCGUUACUUCAGCAUGUUCACACGGCUUGAUAUCGCCUAGGCCGUGGGAGCACUGGCGCGCUACACAAGCGCGCCAACGGAGGCACACUGGGCGGCGGCGCUCAUGGUGCGCUACUUGGCCGGAACCGGAUAACCUUUGGGGGGAGCGACGAGGUUCUUGA